CUGAGGAAGACACUUCACUUUUGCUUCACCUGUCCUUUCACUCACUUUCCCUGCCGCUGGACUUAUAAUCACCUGUUUCAUAAUUCCCCUUCUCAGCUGGGUUUCUCUUUCCUUCUCUUCACAUCUCCGUUCCUCACUUCACAUCUUCACCUCUCUACUACCAUCCAUCUCUCUCCACAAAGUUCUCUUCUUCCCCUGUACUUCCCUAUCAUACCCUUCAUUCAGUCAAGCCGCUUUCCCAAAUACGAACCCAUGGCGACCAAAGGAAAACCCGAAGGCCUCGUGGGUCUCUCAGUGGCGGAGGCGAAAGUCCUCCUCCUGGGUAUACUGUGCACCGACAAGACUGGCAAGCUGGACGGUGACAGGCUGGCCGCGAAAGGCAACUACAAGAACGGCGCCUCAGCCAAAACUAUGUACCGCGUCGCUAGGAAGGCUCUCUUCGAGAAAAAUCCCGGAGAAGACUCCUUGUCGCCCACUGCUGCAGACGCCGCUGCUCCCGCCGAUGACACCGCAGCCCCUGCGCUUACUCCCAAAAAGACCCCAACCAAGCGCCGCAAGAAGGAAGUCGCAGCUGCGGAGACAGAUCCGAGCGGCGGCACGGAGGAUGAAGUCGUGACUCCCAAACCCAAACGCCAGAGAAAGACCCCCGCGAAGAAGGCAGGGGCUUCCACUCCUGCGCCCAACAUUGAAACUGGCAACACCGGAGUCCCAUCGAUGACCAGCAAUCCUCACAAAGGCAUCAAAGUCGAAGGCGAAACAAGCGCCCUGACAUCUUCCCGUCCGACCCUGAAAUGCGAAGACAGCGACUCCACGACCACCAGUGAGCUGAUCGUCAAGGGCGCGCUGGAUGACGGCGACGCGAUCAUGACCAACGCCGAACUGGAUGCAGAGCUCAAUCAUCUGGGUGACGAUGCCCGCGCUGCCAUCAAGAUGGAGGAUGUCGAGCAUGAAGUGGAUCUCUAGUUUUUGCCGCCCUUCUUUCUUUCUUUCUUUUGUUUUUCUUACAGGGGACUAGUCUGAACUGCUUCAAAGGCUACGACCUGGUGGACCAUGGCCAUUCAAGGCGGGUUUGCGCUUUUUUUAAUGCAGAAUGAAGAGUGGAGACAGGUGAUAGAGGAGUGGGUAGGAAUGCGGUUAUCGCUGGCGUUUACAGUUUCAGUUCAGUUUUCGAGGAGCAAGCGCAAGAGCAAG